GCGUAACACAGUACAGAUGGCUUCAAGAAAACGGAUGGCUCGUUGUGUUUGGUAACACAGCGCCUUUAUGUGGCCAUUUACAGCAUGUAUUAGGUCUAGGCCUAAUUUAAUCUCUCCAUUUCAGUGCCUCUGAGUGUGUUUGUGUGUGGUUGUGUCUGUGAGGAAGACAGAGAAAGUGAGUGUGCAUGGGAAAAGAUUCGCCAUCCUAGCAGUCCUCGGGACUAAAUUCUAGUUAGACAACACAAUUGUAAGAUAGUCAUGAAGUAUUCCAUCCAAUCUUACAAUCAAACAAUUAUACUAAAUACAAUGGAUUGCUAGGUCAUGUAUUCCAGUUGGGGUUUAUAAUGAACAAAACCGUGUGAAUGGGUACAUUGUUGUAAAAAAAAAGAGAGUUGGAAGUCCUAGUCAAGCGUGCCUCAUUUGGAACGCUCUUAGAACAAGGUUGAACGAUUGCUAGGGUGGCCUCAAUGGGUAUCAUAGGAUGGGUUUGCAGAGGUGUUCGUGAUGGCGUUGCCGUGGCUGCUCGUUUUGGAGCUCGUACUUUACGCAGGCUGUUUCAUCUGUGGAAUAAUGUCUGCUGCCUCCCUGACAAUCACCCAGGGCCAUUUCACAGGGCAGUGCAUGCUCUAUGGGACUAUUGAAUACAACACAUCUGGCCUGGUCCUGGACAGCCCCAGCCACCCUUCGCUUUGCUACUUUGUGUCAGCCAUCUCUGUGUCCGUGGCCGUUUACUGCUUCUCCCUCACUCUCUACUGGAUCUACACUAGCUUUGUGGAAGAGGAGGUCAAGAGGGAAAGACUGUGGCUGAAUGUAACUCUGGGCAUUUGCUUGAAGAUACUGUUUUUCCUGACAGUGUCAGGGUGUAUCCUAAGGAUGGGCAGAGACCACCUCUGUCUGUCUGCCCUCCACAAUGUGCCCUCCAUAAACCGUUGUGAAGAUGCAGAGAAUGCAACCUGGAUCAGCCCCUAUGAUGGGAGUCAGCUCUACACAGGCUUGUAUAGCGCAGAGAAGUCUGUGUGGGUUAAUGUCUUCUUCUGGGUGCUGAUCGUGGUGGUGGUGUUCGUACAGAAACGCCAAGCGUUUGGAUCAGGCUCAGAAUGGAGCGUGUCUGAAACACAACCCUUUUUCCACCGUCCUGUCUGACCACACUGACCUCAUCUAGCCUGACGUCGCUGCAUGCCAGAUCUAGAACACCUAGAUAGGUAGUUACCAGAUCACCACAUCAUAUGUGAUAGUAUUCUGGGGCCAGACGGCACAGUCGUCGUAUCACACAACCAUCGAUUCAUACAGCGCCAUACGUGGUAAACACAUCCAGUGUGUCCUUCCAUCCAGGACCCUGAUCCAAGUGUAACAACCUGGUAUUGCCUGAGCAUCAAGAUGUAGAAAACAGAAUGUAUUCAAGUGUUUGUCAUGUAAUUAGGUUGAACUACAGCGUGACAGCCUAUCAUACAGGUACUACUUCAUUUAGCUGAAUUGGGUAUUUUCAACUAAUAUCUAAGCUUCCUUUUAAUAAAGAAACAUGCUGACAUGAAAUACAUUAUAACCUCCAGGCAAUCAGUGGGGCACCCUAACGUGUUUACAUUCUGCUAUAGUGGAAGUAACCAUAUUUUUAUUUGGAUCAGUUUAAUGUCAACCCCUUCCUGUUAAAUACGAUUUAUGUAUGAUUUACGACUGAUGUAACAUCUAUUGAGAUUUUAUGGUUAGCAAUUUAAUAAAAACCUGCAAAAACAAAAUACCCUUUAUAAAUGACAUUAACAUUACUAAGUCUCGCUUCUCUUUCAGUGGUUACUGGGCCUUUCUGUUUCUCUUCUCACCAGGAAUCCUCUCCGACCUCCUCUUUACCCCUUGUCUUUCUCUCCAUUGUUUGUAGUUGCUUACAGAGUUUUCAGGCUCGUCUACGUUUUGUUUCAUUGGUAGAUUGGCUGUCCAGGAUUGGUUCCAUACGUUCUGUCUGUGCUACUUCUAUCUGCAGGCCAUGGCCACUCUGCCUCAGUUGACAGUCGCUAAGGGAGCAGAACACUCCUGGCACAGGGUCCUGAGGUCUCCUCCAGCAUACACUCCAUGUUAAGUCCCCUCCUCCUGAGCCUCUGUAUAGGCUGGGCUUAGGUACUGUCAGGUUGAGCUGUAGGAAUGAUGGUGGGCAGGGGAGUCAGCAUACUGGGAGGGAUUUAUCCACGUCAUUGGGGAACCACUAAACACACACCCAUUGUCUGUUUUCUGAGAAGGCCUUUUAAAACCAAUGGCUAUCGCUUUUGACUUCCCUUCUCUAAAUGUCAAUAAAAAUGGACAUGAUCAUGUUGGCAGAGGAAAUGUGAAUUGUAAAAGCAGCUGGAGUGUAACUCUGCCCUUACAGGCAAUACAUA